AGACCAGGGCCGGGAACCGGGCUGAUGCAGCUCCACACGGGCCCGGAGCGUGGUGCAGCCCCCGCCCGCGGAGGCGCAUCCCGCAGCAUCCCGAUGUAACCCUUCUCCCCGUGACCGAGGCGCGGCUCCCGGGGGAAUUCGCCGUUCCCCGGCACCGCAAGCCCCGAGGGGACCUCGGGGACCGGGCCAGGGCGGCUGGGCCGGACCGAGGCCAGCGCGGGCGGGGAUGUGCCCGGCGGGGGAGGGAUCGGAGCGGCGAGGGGCUCCACCUCCCGGGGCUUAAAGCCCGGGGCGGACGGCGGGGCGGGUGUCCCGGGAAAGUUGUGCCCGUGUUGCCAUCGGCUCGGAGCGGCUCCAGGAGCGGCAGCGGCGCGCUCGGGGCUGCCGGGUGCCCUUCGGGGCGACACCCCCUCCCCUGCCCGCCCUGCGGCCCCGUGCCCUCGGUGCCGGUGAUGACCCUGAACACGCAGCCCGGGAGCAGGAGCCCGCUGCGGCGGAGGGCCAGCACCCCGCUCCCGCGGCCGGGCGGCUCCGGGGCCGCUUCGCCCUUCCACCCGCAGCUCGGCCACACCGCCUCCGAGCCGGGCGGCAGGGCCCCCCGCGGCAGCGGCUGCCCCGGCUCCGCGGGCUCCCCCCGCCUCAGGGAGCCCCGGUACCGGGUGGUGCUGCUGGGGGACCCCGGCGUGGGCAAGACCAGCCUGGUCAACCUCUUCGCCGGCGUCCAGGAGAGGGACCCGCUGGACCAGCACGGAGGGGUCGCGUACGAGCGCAGGCUGACCGUGGAUGGCGAGGAGACCACGCUGCUGGUGCUGGACACCUGGGAGUCAGAGCAGCGGGAUGAGGAGAGCCAGCGCCGCAGCCACUGCCUGCAGAUAGGGAACGCCUACAUCAUCGUUUACUCUGUCACUGACCGGGACAGCUUCGAGAGCGCCUCGGAGCUGCGCAUCCACCUGCGCCGGGCGCGCCAGGCCGAGGACAUCCCCAUCAUCCUGGUGGGCAACAAAACCGACCUGGUGCGCUGCCGGGAGGUGUCUGAGGAAGAGGGCCAGGCCUGUGCUGCUGUCUUUGACUGCAAGUUCAUUGAGACGUCAGCGGUUCUGCAGCACAACGUGGACGAGCUCUUCGAGGGCGUGGUGCGGCAGAUCCGCCUGCGCCAAGGGGGCAAAAAGUCCCACCUGCACCCCCCGCCCGGCCAGAAGCACAAGGAGAGCCUCGCCAGCAGAGCCCGGCACUUCCUCGACAGGCUGGUGACCAGGAACAGCAGCAAAGUGGCCCUCAAAGUCCGCUCCAAGUCCUGCCAUGACCUGUCUGUGCUCUGAGAGCCGCGCUCCUCUCCCACCCCGCGCGCCGGCUGGGACUCUGCUCUCUGCCAGCAGCGUGGCCAGUGGCCAGUGCAGAGCUCAGACUGGCCUGCAGUGAUGCUGAGCACGUGGAGCUGUUUUCACUGGUGCUGAGGGAUGUGAAGGUGCUCUGGAUCCAGCCAUUCCCCGCCAGGAGAGGGGAUAAGUGGGAUCAGGUCCGUGGAGUGGAGGAUGGGAUGGGUACCUGCACUUGGAGUGGUGAGGUUUUGGAUCACAGCUGCUCCUGCAGAGCCGGAGGUGAGGGGUGGCUGUGCCCCAGAGCUGGGCUGGAGGCUGCCAGGAGUGUGGCAGGUCCCACUCACAGUGCUGUCCUUCACAGGGCAGCAGGGACUGGCAGGGGCACCAUGGCAUUGUCCACCUUGGACAGCCUGGAGCCUGGCUGGGAAGAGGGGGCAGGGGAGCACCAGCGGCAUCACCUGGCACCCUGACCCUGCUGUGCCAGGGCUCUGUGCUAUGUCUCACUGGCACCAGUGUGUUUCUGUGCUCUCUCUGUACUGGUGUGAUGGGGAAACCCUUGAUCUGCAGAAUAAACCACAUCAGGGA